AUGUCCGCACCCGCAAUGGUCCCUACAAUUCACCUAUUUGGACCUCAGGCCCUUGCGUUCCGCGAAGAAUCUUUCAAUAAUCUGAAAAACGCCCUAAUUAGCACACCGUACAAUCAGUGGAUUCUAGAUAUUAUAGAAACACUUCCAGGACUGUGGGAGACCGCUUCAAAGGAACUCCCAAUUAUACAAUCACUACCUGGUGGACAUCUACUUGAAAACCUAACUAUCUGGAUUAAAGAAAAAACAGUCACAGAAGCAACAUUCCCGCUCCCUAAUAUCCUCCUUACACCCCUUGUUGUCAUCACACAUAUAACCCAAUAUCUUCGGUACCUGGAACAUAUCGAUCCUACAUGCCUUGGGUUAAACCAUCUCCAAUCGUCUAUCCAUACUGAGUCGGAAACACUCGGCCUUUGUACGGGUCUGCUAACAGCUGUUACGGUGUCCAAUUCCGCAAAUGCAGAGCAAUUUCGACACAAUGGAGCUGUCGCAAUCCGUUUGGCAAUGCUUACUGGAGCUCUGGUUGAUGCUGAGAAUGAAAGUAAUUCUGAAGGGGGGACAGUUUCCCUGUCUGUUACUUGGAAUUCCUUAAAAUCCCAGGUAAAGAUGCUAGAAAUUCUAAAGCAGUUUCCACAGGCCUAUAUUUCUGUUCUCUAUGACGAGAAACGAGCCACAAUUACAUGCUCUAAGCUUAAGGUUGCAAAAUUAGCCAGUCAGCUGAGAACCGAUGGCCUUAUAGUCGCGGAGCUCAACCUCCACGGAUGUUUUCACUUCCAAGGCCACAAAGACGCAGUGGAGUUACUUAUCAAAUUCUGUAAUUCAAAGCCCGAACUUCAAUAUACAGUCCGUAAAGAAGUAGGCUCCCCUAACCAGAGCUACAAAUCGGAUUCUGUUAAUAAUGAUGCCAAACUUCAUCAAAUGGCGUUGAGGUCCAUCCUUGUGGAGCAAUGUGACUGGUAUCGCACCUUCGCAGCUACUUAUUCCUCCAAUUCGAACAGUUCCCAGCCACAAGUCAUUUUAUUUGGUUACGAUAAUUGUGUUCCGCCAUCGGUUGCAAGGAAUCUUGGGAGAAAAUUAAUCAAUGCCAUGAACCUUGAAGAAAUAUCGUCUUCAAUGCCCAGAAUCCUGUUGGACCCAGAAGUUACAUCUGGUUAUACACGAACUACGGACGAUAUUGCGGUUGUUGGUAUGGCUUGUAAAGUUGCCGGAGCCGAUGAUAUUGAGCAGUUUUGGGAUAUCCUGAGUGCUGGGAAGUCACAGCACACUGAGCCACCUUCUGACCGUUUCCACUUCGGUACUUUCUGGCGCGAACUCGAUCCAAAACGGAGAUGGUAUGGCAAUUUUAUCACAAAUCCUGACACAUUCGACCAUAGGUUCUUCAAAAAGAGUCCUCGUGAAAUGAUAUCGACAGACCCGCAGCAGCGAUGGAUGCUUCAAAUUGCGUACCAGGCCCUACAGCAGUCGGGGUAUUUUUUGUCACUAGACCAAGACAAACACAUAGGUUGCUAUAUCGGUCUUGGAUGUGUUGAUUACGAACAUAAUAUUGCAUGUUAUCCCGCGAACGCAUUCUCUGCGACUGGAAAUUUGAGAAGCUUUGUAGCUGGAAAAGUCAGUCAUCAUUUUGGUUGGACUGGCCCCUCACUUACUAUUGACUCUGCUUGCUCGUCCUCUGCGGUGGCUAUUCAUCAUGCCUGCAGGGCUAUUCUUACUGGCGAAUGUAGCGCUGCUAUUGCUGGGGGUGUAACGAUUCUGUCUAGCCCCAUAUGGUUUCAAAACUUGGCCGGUGCCUCUUUUUUGAGCCCCACAGGCAACUGCAAACCCUUUGAUGCCAAUGCUGAUGGCUAUUGUCGAGGAGAGGGGGUUGGUGCCGUGGUCCUAAAAAAGUCGUCCUUAGCCCUUGCGAAUGGAGACCAGAUACUAGGGAUUAUUCCCAGCAGUGCAGUUUACCAGAACCAGAACUGUACCCCAAUUACUGUUCCUAACGCGGAUUCUCUCUCAGGUCUCUUUCGGGAUGUCACCCGUAAAGCAGGACUUGAACCAAAACAUAUCUCUGUUGUCGAGGCUCAUGGAACAGGAACUCCGGUUGGUGAUCCAGCAGAGUAUGAAAGUAUUCUUCGGGUAUUUGGAGGCCCUAAUCGUUUGGAUACCCUUUCAUUAGGUUCUGUGAAGGGUCUUGUCGGACAUGCAGAAACUGCAGCAGGUAUCAUCUCGUUGAUCAAAGUCCUUCUUAUGAUCCAAGAGAAUUCUAUUCCACCACAAGCAAGCUUCAACACGAUCAAUCCUGCUAUUAAGCACUCUCCCUCAGACAACAUUGAAAUCACAACGACCCUGACAAAAUGGGACACAGAAUUUCGAGCAGCCUUAAUCAAUAACUACGGAGCAUCUGGCUCUAAUGCCUCACUUAUUGUCACUCAAUCACCGGGGCAUAGAUCACCUACAACAAUCCAUCAGUCAACUUUCCCCGCGGGGAUUAGAUACCCAUUUUGGUUCUGCGGUAGUGAUGAGAAUAGUCUUCGAAGAUACUUUGCUAGAUUCCGCCAAUUUUUAGAAUCUAGGAAAGCGCUUUCAAAACCCAUAUCUGUUCCCGACUUAGCAUUUAACCUCUAUCGUCAAUCUAAUCGUAUGCUUAGCCGCGCAUUAUUGUUUAGCUGUGAGUCAACAACCGAGAUGGAGCAAAUUCUCGAAAAUUUUGAUAACAGCGAGUCUGAAACCCAAUCGAUAGAACCCCUUACUACCAGGCCAGUUGUUCUAUGCUUCGGCGGUCAAAUAUCUACUUUUAUCGGCUUGGACAGAGAAAUUUACGAUACCUGUAAAAUAUUCCGCAGGCACCUUGAUCAAUGCAAUCUAAUAUUCCAAUCCCUUGGACUAGAGGACAUAUUCCCAGAAGUCUUCCAGAGAGAGCCAGUGAAAGACACGGUGAAGCUCCAAACCAUGCUUUUUGCAACUCAAUACUCUUGUGCCAUGGCAUGGAUAGACUGUAGAAUUAAACCAGUCGCUCUUGUUGGCCAUAGUUUUGGAGAGUUAACCGCACUCUGUGUUUCCGGAGUGUUGUCUCUAGCUGGGGCGGCAAAAAUGAUUGCAGGGCGUGCAGGUCUCGUUCGGGAUUUAUGGGGUCCCGACAAGGGGUUUAUGAUGGCCAUUGAAGCUGAUAUCCAAGAUGUUGAAUACCUUUUGCGCGAGUCCAAUAGGAAAAACAGAAGUGAUCAAGCUGUGGCAAUUGCAUGUUAUAAUGGCCCUCGCAGUUUCACCAUUGCUGGGCCAGCUCAAGCCACCAAAGCCAUUGAAGAAUUAAUGUCUAAUAACUCGACCUUUUCUUCAAUGAAGUGGAAAAAAUUGAAUGUCACGAAUGCAUAUCAUUCUACUCUUGUGGAGCCUCUUGUUGAAUCUCUUGGCCAAAUUGGGCAGGAUUUGCUUUUUCGAAAAGCUAGAAUCCCGAUUGAGCGGUGCACAGAAUACCCACUGUCUUCAGAUGGGUUUGAUUCUAGGUUUAUAUCACAACAUAUGAGGUGUCCAGUAUAUUUCAACCAUGCAGUGCAAAGGCUCUCGCUUAAAUAUCCAUCAUCUAUCUGGCUUGAAGCUGGAUCCAAUUCCACGAUUACAGCUAUGGCAGGUCGAGCAUUGGGUCUACCCUCAGGCUCUCACUUUCAAUCCAUAAAUAUUACAAGCGGUAAAGGCUUACAAAGCCUUAUUGAUGCUAUCAUAAGCCUAUGGAAGAAUGGCUUAAACACCACAUUCUGGGCCCACCAUUCCUCGCAGACUCCUGAAUAUAGCCAAAUACUUCUCCCACCAUAUCAAUUUGACAAAACGAGUCAUUGGGUGACUCUUAAAAAACCAGAGGAAGUCGUUCAGAAAUUUCAAAACGGGAUUCAAUUUCGAGACGAACCAUCUUUGGGGCUCUGGAAAUUUGCCGGAUAUAAAGGAGAUGACCAACAGCGCGCUCAAUUUAGGAUUAACACAGCAAGCAAAGAAUUUGAUGAGUAUGUCUCUGGACACACUAUCGCAAACGCUGCUCCCUUAUGUCCCAGCACUCUUCAGCUUGAUAUCGUUAUCGAAGCUCUUCUACAGCUGCGACCAGAAUAUUUAUCGUCAAACCUCCAGCCACAGCUCCAAGGUCUUGAAAACCAUGUCCCAAUUUGCCUAGAUCCAACUCUCUGUGUCUGGCUAGAUGUUCAGUCCAUAGACUCACAGUCUCACUGCUGGGAGUUCAAGAUGAUCAGUGAACCAACUAAAGGCAAUGAAACCGCAACUUUACACGUUUCUGGAAAAAUUAUUUUUAAAUCUAAUGAGGAUGUGCAACUUCAAAAUGAUUUUGCAAGGUAUGAACGUCUUUCUGGCCACGAACGUUGUCUAUCACUCCUCAAUGGGGAGGAUGGGGAUGAUAUGAUUCAAGGGCGCAACAUCUAUAAAAUCUUUGCCGAGAUUGUGGAUUAUAGCCAGAUUUAUCGUGGAGUCCAGAAACUCGUUGGAAAAGGAAAUGAGUCCGCUGGAAAGGUGGUUAAGAAGUAUACAGGCAUAAGUUGGCUUGAUACCCCGUUGGCUGACUCGUUCUGUCAAUGUGCUGGUAUUUUUGUCAACUGUAUGACUGAAAUAUCAGACAAGGAAAUGUAUAUUUCUACGAAAAUAGAGCAAUGGAUUCGCUCGCCUAAUCUACUCCCCAAUGAUCCACGCCCAGAUGUUUGGCAUGUCCUCGCAUUCCAUCGUCGCCCGUCUGAAAAGGAAUUUAUUAGCGACGUAUUUAUAUUCGACCCACGAAACGGGGAACUGCUAGAAAUUAUUCUUGGAAUUGGUUAUAAGAAAGUAUCGAAACGAAGCCUAGGGAAAAUGUUAUCCAGCCUCACUCCAGGAAAGCAGAAAUCUGAAGCAAAAACUGUACAGUCAUCGGCGAACAUUGAAGAUAGGAGUAAAGCUAUAUAUUUCACUGAAUCUCCACCGGCUGAAACUCCUUCCGAUAAAACACCAAUCAAGGACGUAUCAGAGGACAUAAGAAUCCUCCUCGCAAAUGUCUCUGGCCUGGAAGCCCACGAAAUAAAAAAUGACACUGGACUCUCUGAUAUUGGUAUUGACUCACUGAUGGGUAUGGAGUUGGCUCGUGAAAUCGAGACAACUUUCAAGUGUUCAUUGGAUACCGAAGUCUUGAACGCCAUAACUGACUUCAAGAGCUUGAUGAAAUGUAUCCAAGAGGCCCUGGGUUGCAGUGAACAAGAAAAGACCGCACCUGAAACUGGAACAAAUACGGAUACCAUUGACAUUAAUACAGACAUGAAUAUGGAUAUUAUUGGAGUUGCUCAUGCCAACAGUGGCUCCCCACAAAUCAACGGCAGCCUUUCCGAGGACGAGAUACUAAAUAUCCCAGCUAAUACAAUCCUCGAAGCCUUUAAAGAGUCAAAGCAACUUACCGACGAGUUUAUAUACAAAUAUAAAUUUGCAAACUAUGCCGACUACGUUCUGCCCAAGCAAACUGAGCUUUGCAUCGCAUAUAUUACUGAAGCCUUUGAGAAACUAGGAUGCUCUCUUCGAAAGGCGAAAAUGGGUGACAGAUUGGAUAGGAUUAACUAUCUCCCCAAACACGAGAAAUUUGUGAACUAUCUCUAUAUGAUGCUAGAAAAGGAAGCUCGACUUGUGGAUUUGAAUGAAACUACCGGUAUCGUUAGGACUGCCAUCCAGCCACCUACCAAACCAUCAGGCGUCUUAUUACAAGAACUUAUCAACGAUUCCCCUGACCACGCUAAUGACCACAAACUUACCCAUCUUAUUGGAUCCAAAUUAGCAGAAUGUUUAUCUGGUGGGUGUGAUGGCGUUCAGUUAAUCUUUGGCUCGCCAGAGGGAAGAGAGCUUGUUACUGGUUUGUACGGCAAGUCACCUAUCAAUAUGGUGUGGCUCAGACAGAUGGAAGAUCUAAUAAGGCGCAUUAUAUUGAAACUUCCAACCAAUAAAGGGCCUCUUAAAAUACUAGAGAUGGGGGCUGGUACCGGAGGAACCACAGCAAUCCUUGGUCCUCUACUUUCCAGUCUUGGGGUCGCGGUUGAAUAUACCUUCACUGAUCUCUCACCUUCCUUAGUUUCGGCUGCAAGGAAAAGGUUCAAGAGGCACUCUUUUAUGAAUUUUCGUGUCCAUGAUAUCGAAAAAGCACCCGCCGCAGAAUUGCUUCAUAGCCAGCAUAUCGUCAUUGCAAACAACUGCGUCCAUGCCACUCAUAACCUAGUGAACUCAACCCGGCAGAUCCGUCAAGUUCUUAGGCCUGAUGGAUUUUUGAUGAUUCUAGAAAUGACUGAUACUCUGUAUUGGGUCGACCUUGUUUUUGGCGUCCUCGAAGGCUGGUGGCUUUAUGAUGAUGGGAGAAAGCAUGUGGUGGCGCACCAAUCCAUCUGGGAGAGGUCUAUGCAAUCAGCUGGGUACGGCCACAUUGACUGGACAGAAGGAAACCGCCCUGAAGCAAAUAUCCAACGAAUUAUUAUUGCUUUAGCCUCUGGGCCUAGGUAUGACCGCUUGCCUAAGACCCCAAACCACACUGAGAGUCAAGCAACUGACUGUGCUGCUCGUCAGGCCAUAGUCGAUAACUAUGUCCGAGAAUAUACCAGAUCAUUCCCUACAACCAUCCAAGUAACCGAUCCAAUACUUCCAACAGACCCCGGAGGGCAUAGUGUGCUUGUCACAGGGGCAACAGGAAGCCUAGGAUCCCACCUUGUGGCUCACUUUGCACGGCUGCCUGAGGUAAGGGAAGUAGUGUGCUUGAACCGACGAAACAGCGUGGAUGCGCUGCUACGCCAGGUGCAGUCACUAGAAGGGAAAGGUAUCCUUCUAGACGAGAAAGCCCUCUCGAAACUGAGAAUACUGGCAACUCAGGGUGAUAAAGAGAAUUUGGGACUGCAAGAAGCCGAGUAUCAAUACUUAGCGAGAUCAGUUACUCAUAUUAUUCACGGAGCAUGGCCAAUGAGUAUAAAGCGACCAGUAAAAGGGUUUGAGCCACAGUUCCAAUUUAUGAGGAAUCUGAUUAAUUUGGCAGUUGAAAUAUCAAGCGCAAGGGCUAAAGCAACUGUUGGCUUCCAAUUCAUAUCAUCCAUCGCUACCGUUGGAUAUCAUCCAAUUGAGACUGGCGAGGUUCGAGUGCCGGAAGAGAGAGUUACCGUUAAGUCGGUCCUUCCAAGCGGCUAUGGCGAUGCGAAAUUGGUUUGUGAGAGAAUGCUGGAGCAAACCCUUCAUGAACAUCCUGAUAAGUUCCGGCCGAUGUCUGUUCGUAUAGGGCAAAUAGCCGGAUCCAAGGACAAUGGGUAUUGGAACCCGGUGGAGCACUUUUCAUUUCUUGUCAAGUCAUCACAGGUACUUCGGUUAUUUCCUGAUCUUCGAGGGGAGUUAUCAUGGUACCCAGUUGACGACGUUGCAGCAACGCUCAGCGACCUCCUUUUGUCAGAGAAUGUGCCACACCCUAUUUAUCACAUUGAGAACCCUGUCCGGCAGCCAUGGAGUGAGAUGACUCGUCUACUGGCUGAUGCACUGGACAUACCACGAGAUGCUAUCAUCCCCUUCGAUACAUGGAUGCGCCGAGUUCGUCAUUUUACCGGUUCAACUGAGUCCAACAAUCCUGCCAAAAUGCUGCUAGAUUUUUUCAAGGACCAUUUUGCGCGCAUGUCAUGCGGAGGUCUGAUUCUAGACACUACCAAGAGCAGGGAGCAUUCUCAGACUUUGGCGAAUGCAAGGCCUAUCAGCCCUGAAUUCGUAGCAAAAUAUAUAACUCGGUGGAAGACUUCGGGCUUUCUGUGCUAA